AUGAACGCAUUCCGCAGAUUGUUUGCCCCGAACAGCGGUGGUAGUUCCGCCAUGAAAAUGGUGCUGGUGGUACGGUCGGAUUUGGGUUUGAAGAAGGGCAAAAUUGCAUCCCAGUGUGCCCACGCGGCUGUACUUUGCUGCAUGCGGGCCUCAACCGGAGGGCCUGGUAAGAACAAACUUGAACUAUGGUUAAUGCAGGGCCAACCAAAGAUUGUGCUAAGGGUAGACAGUUUGCAGGAGAUGCAUUUAUUGACGGAACGUGCCGAUGCGAUUGGGGUUAUUGCCGAGAUAGUGCGAGAUGCCGGUAGAACACAGGUGGCAAGUGGAACAGAAACUGUACUGGGAUUAGGUCCAGAUCGCAGUGAGGCAAUAGAUUCGUUAGUAAGCAGUUUGAAAUUGCUGUAG